CGUCUCUUCCGGGGGAGGCUCCGCCCACGGCCCUGCCCGCUCCUCACGUGCGCGCAGACUCCUGUGCCCCCGGAGCUGCGCUGGGUUUGGCAACUGCACCAUGACCCUCAAGGCGAUCCGCUACUCGCGGGGCUCCCUGCAGAUCCUGAACCAGCUGCUGCUGCCCCAGCAAACACACUACGAGGCGGUGGGCUCGGUGCGCCAAGCCUGGGAGGCCAUCCGUGCCAUGAAGGUGCGGGGCGCCCCAGCCAUCGCCCUAGUGGGCUGCCUCAGCCUCGCCGUGGAGCUGCAGACGGGCGCCGGGGGACCAGGACUCGCCGCGCUGGUGGCCUUCGUACGCGACAAGCUGAGCUUCCUCGUCACCGCCCGGCCCACCGCUGUCAACAUGGCCCGCGCCGCCCGCGACAUGGCUGAUGCUGCAGCCCGGGAGGCCGAGCGGGAGGGCGCUACGGAGGAGGCAGUCCGGGAGAGAGUGAUCCGUUGCGCUGAGGACAUGCUGGAGAAAGACCUCAGAGACAACGAGAGCAUCGGGGACUUUGGAGCCUUGUUCCUCCUGGACCAGGUGGCCCCCAACGGUGGCAAGGUGACUGUACUGACCCACUGUAACACCGGUGCUCUGGCCACUGCUGGCUACGGCACAGCCCUAGGUGUGAUCCGAUCACUGCACAGCCUGGGCCGCCUGGAGCACGUCUUCUGCACUGAGACCCGGCCCUACAACCAGGGAGCCCGACUGACGGCCUUCGAGCUGGUCUAUGAGCAGAUCCCCGCCACCCUCAUUGCCGACAGCAUGGUAGCUGCCACCAUGGCCCAUAAGGGUGUGUCAGCCGUGGUCGUGGGAGCUGACCGCGUGGUUGCCAAUGGCGACACAGCCAACAAGGUGGGCACCUACCAGCUGGCCAUUGUCGCCAAGCACCACGGCAUUCCCUUCUACGUGGCUGCCCCCAGCUCUUCCUGUGACCUCCAUCUGGAGACCGGCAAGGAGAUCAUCAUUGAAGAGCGUCCGGGCCAGGAGCUGACUGACGUUAAUGGGGUCCGGAUUGCGGCACCCGGGAUUGGAGUUUGGAAUCCUGCCUUCGAUGUCACCCCCCACGACCUCAUCACUGGCGGCAUCAUCACAGAACUAGGGGUAUUUGCCCCUGAGGAGCUCCGGGCAGUCCUACCCAUCUCUUCCAGGGAUGGGACCCCAGAUGUAACCAACUCAGCCCUCCCUAGCCUGCCUCUCUAGGAUUUUUAAUAAAUUUCUUGAAUGGCUGCCCAAAAGCUGACCUUUCCACCCCUGACCACACUUGUUCCUAGUGCAGGGAGAUCAGACAGGACCUUCCAUCUACAUCCCAGCAUCUAGAGGAAGGCCACCCAGGUUCAAAUCCUAACUCUGCCACUUUUUCCACUGUGUGAUCUUAGACAACUCACGUCAACUCUCUGUGCCUUGGUUUCCUCAUUUAUAAAGCGUGGCUAACACUUGUACCUCCCUCUUAAGGUCAGGGCUGGAGCUAGGGUGACACUGCCAGGGCAGAAUUUUAAGAGAACAGUAAAAAAGCUCAGCAGGCAGCCAGGCAUGGUGGCUUAUGCCUGUAAUCCCAGUACUUUGGGAGGCUAAGCCAGGCAGAUCACCUAAGGUCGGGAGUUCGAGACCAGCCUGACCAACAUGGAGAAACCCCAUCUCUGGUAAAAAAAAAAAAAAAAUACAAAGUUAGCCAUGCAUGGUGGCGGAUGCCUGUAACCCCAGCUACUCAGCUGAGGCAAGAGAAUUGCUUGACCUGGAGGGUAGAGGUUGCAGUGAGCUGAGGUGGUGUCACUGUACUCCAGCCUGGGUGACCAAGUGAGACUCCAUCUCAAAAAAAAAAAAAAAAUUAUCUGAGCAUGGUGGGUCAUACCUCUAGCCCCAGCUACCCAGGCUGAGGUGGGAGGAUGGCUUGAGCCCAAGAGUUCAAGGAUACAAGGUGCUGUGAUUUCACUACUGCAUUUCAGCCUGGACAACAGAGUGAGACCCCAUCAUUAAAAAUUAAAAAAUCGAUGAAGAACGAAACAAAACAAUUUUUUUUUUUUUGAAACAGGGCCUCCCUGUGUCGCCCAGGCUGGAGUGCAGUGACAUGAUUUCGGCUCACUGCAAUCUCCGCCUCCCAGGUUCAAGCGACUCUCCUGCUUCAGCCUCCCAAGUAGCUGGGAUUACAGGCACCCGCCACUACGCCCAGCUAAUUUUUGUACUUCUAGUACAGGGUUUCACGAUGUGAGGCUGGUCUCGAACUCCUGACCUUAGGUGAUCCGCCUGCCUCGGCCUCCCAAAGUGCUGGGAUUACAGGCGUGAGCCACCGCACCCGGCUAACUCUUUUGUACUUUUAGCACAGAUAGGGUUUCACCAUAUUGGCCAGACUGGUCCCGAACUCCCGAUAUCAAGUGAUCCGCCACCUCAACCUCCCAAGUGCUGGGACUGCAAGCGUUAGCCACCGCGCCCGGCCAAAACAGAAUUUUAAAGAGACUACAACACAGCACUUGUGCCUUCAGCGCACUGACCACAACACCCUGGUUCCACUGAAACUUUAUUUAUAAAAUUCUGCUGCUGGUCUGCAGGAUGCAGGUUGACAAUUUGAUUGUCUUGGAUAUGAAAAUAUUUUUUAAGUCUUGGAAAUACUGUUAUUGAUUACCGAAGUUUUCGGACUUUUAAAAAUUCUACACUAGAGGUAAGUGCUGCACCCCUAAACCUAAUCUGAGUUUUUAUGUGUAAAAAGCAUAAAACGUUGUAAGUUUUCUAAAACACAUAAGCACUCAAUAAACGUUAGCUUAUCAUGGUCA